AAAACCGAGUAGCUAGCUUUGGUUCGUCCAUCCGCGCCAGCUGCGCCACCAUCCCCCCCUCUCUCUCUCUCUCCUAUUUAUUUUGGGAUUUAAUUUCGAAGUCUUGUCGUCAACCAAACCUCGCCAUCGUCGCCACUCAACCUCUCACUUUCUCUUCCACCACCACUAGAGAGAGACCAAGGGAGAGAUAUCAGGGAUUUUUCCACCAUCACUACUAGAGAGAGAGAAAAGGGCGAUGAGAGAUGGUGGGACUGAGCAUAGUACUCGAGUCCCAAAAAGUUACUAAUAACAAGAAAUACAACACACAAGUCAUAACCAAGGCCACUGUGACCAUCAAACCCUGUCCCUCUCCGCCGCCGUCGAUGGCUCUCGCGGCGACCGGGUUUCUGGACCGGUGUUUCCUCUGCUGCCAGAGACUCUUGCCCGGUAAAGAUAUCUACAUGUACAAAGGGGACAGGGCAUUUUGCAGCGUGGAGUGCAGGUGCAGACAAAUAUUCAUGGACGAAGAGGAGACAAACAUUUCCCUCCACAGAAACGACAACCGCUCGUUUUCAGCCGUGAAAAGUCCGAAACACCCUUCUUCGUCGUCACCUUCCCCUUCUUCUUCGGCCGCUGCUUCUCGUAACAGGAAGGGGACCAGAAACAGAGCAAAUGGUUUUGCCCACUGAAAUGAACCCUCUUUCCAGUUUUACCCUCCCCACAUUUUGUGAUGACACUGUUGUCCCUCCUCUUGGUUCGGUUAAUUUCCUCUUCCAGGAAUGACCAUUGGUUUUGCACUCCCAAAAGGCCAAAACAGCUGGCGGAGUUGUGGGGAUUUCUGUCAGUCGAGGGGUAUUUUUGGUAUCUUGCAUGUGUAAUAAAAACUGGGUUGAUUAAUUAGCAGUUAGCUAGUGUAGUUAAAUCAAGCUUGAAUUUUGGAAACAGAUGGAGAAAUGGAGAGAGUUCGUGGGAGUAACUACACACACUCCCUGUCUCUCUCUAUGGGGAAAGCAAUGGGUGUUUUUUUUAUAACCGGUUGUCCAGGCCAGAGCAAUGGGUGGUUUUUUAGUAGCACUAGUUAUGUGACAAUGACGCUCAACGAAUACUGGGUUCACUUCAUUCCAUAAGCACUUUAUGGCUUCAGUUUAUAACGUAUUAUAUAUAAUUGAACGUUUGAGCCAA